UUUGACUUAAAUAAAUAAUAUAUAUUUUCAUUCGAAUGUUAUCUAUUUAAUACAUUUUUCACGAUCUAUACAGUCUCUAGUUCAAUAUUAACAUUACAUUUUAUGCCAAUUAAUACCGGGUAACUAUAUUGUUAAGUAUCAUACAUUUAACUUAAAAUUUUGUUUAAAAAAUGAAUAUUCAAAAUGAUGGUGAGGUUCAUGUAAAAAUGUUAACAGAUGUUUGCCAAAAUGUGUGUACAUUUAUCAAAACAAUAACAAUGAAUAAUGUAGCAAAAAUUGAUACUAAUGAUUUGCAAUGUGAUUGUUCUAAAUUAAAAAUUAGAUUAGAACAAAUGAAUGAACAAGUUAAAACAUUAGCAAGUUUAUUAAAUUUCACAACUAACCAAGAUUUGUCUGCUGUUGAUAUAUUGACUCAAUGGAUUUUAUCGCUUUCAAACAAAAAUACUGAAUAUGCUAAAAAAAGAAAAUUAUAUUCAUCAUACUCGCCUCUAAAAUUAUCUCUGAAAGAUAAAACUGAAUUAAAUGAAAUUACUAAGAAAAAUUUAAUGUGUGAAAAAUAUGAAAAAGAAAACAAAAUAAAAUCUCAAGAUGAAUUGAAUAACGUUUGGAAAUUACAAGUUAAGCGUGAUGGAAAUCCUUCUGAUUUAUUAAAAAAAUCUAAACAAACAACAUUAAUGCUUCAACCAAGAAAAGAAAAGAUUAAAAUGGAUAUUACUACUUUCAGUACUCCAAGACCUAAAAUAUCUGCAUUCAAUUCUUCUAGUUUGCUUAGUCCUGAGAUGUUACAUUUGAAAAAUAAUGCAACUAAAGAUAUAUAUGAAACAAAUAUUCAUAAUACACAACUAAAUGAUUUGGAGAAUACAUUUUCAAGUACUCUAAAUAGAACAAUGAAUUCUGAUAAAAAUGUAUUACCAUUAGUAAAAACAAAUACUUCAAAAUUAAAAGAAACUAGUAUUUCACAUGAUCAAACUGAAAAUUCUGAUCUAUCAAAUGAUGAAACCAAUUGUAGCCCAAUCAAUAUAUCAAUGAGUAUUUUAAAUAAUGUAACAACACUUAAAAAACAAAGCAAAAUUUCUAAUAGUGAUUUAUUAGAUAGUUUUGAUAUUAUUCCAGGUUUAAAUGAUAAAAAAAGUGAUUUACCAAAUUAUAAAUUUAAAGAAGAUCCUGUUAGAAAACAUAAUGAACGAAAAUUAUUAAAUGGUUGGGAUUGUAAAGACUGCUGCAAAUUUUAUGAAGAAAACAAUGAUAAUCCUGUAGAUGCAAAAAAUGCCAUGAAUCACUUUUCAAGACAUCGUUCUGUUAAACAUCAAAAUCAUGCUCUAACACCACCAGGGUUUUGGGAUCCAAUGUAACAUCACCAAAGAUAUAAAAUAUUAUUCCUAGUAUGGUAUUUAAUUUUAAGCAGCUUUCCUACUUAAAUUGUUUAUAUUUUUA